AUGUUGAAUUACCAGUUUUUAUGCCGCGAUAUACGUAAUGGAGUCACCUGCUACGGUGUAGAUAUGGCUGGGUUUACACCUGCACCUAAUACGUGUAGUCCUAGCAGCAACGUUUGUGGUGCUAGUUCUGAUACUUCUGGUGGUUAUCAUUUAACUUUUUAUCAAUAUUUUGCUGGUAACAGUACAGCUGGUAAAGGUGGUGGUGGAUAUUAUUGUCCUGGGGGUUCGAUGCACUAUGCUAAUUGUAAUGCGUCUUGUAAUUAUGAAAGUACUUAUCUUGCUCAAUGUCUUGCUUGUUGUAAUGCCUGUUGUACAACUCCUGCUGUUAGAAGCCGUGCUAUCAUGGAUGAUGGUUUUCUUGGUGUUCAUCGUCGUACCUUUGAUGCUCGCGAUGACAGUGAAGAUGAUGAUCGUCGUUAG